ACUACCUACCCACCCACCACCAUCCGGUUUGCGAUCUGUCAGGCUUUUCUCCGGCUCUGGGAUUCUCUGCCUUGUCCUGUCGCCAGUGUCUGGCUGCUCCCUGCUGAGGGAAGCUCCAUAAUUAGGACACUGGUGUUCAGGAACCGGAAAUGGGUUCCGUGUCAUUUGAAGACGUUGCUGUGGACUUCACCUGGGAUGAAUGGCAGCAUCUGGAUGUGGCACAGAGGAGACUCUACAGGGACGUGAUGCUGGAGAACUACAGCAGCCUCCUGUUCUUGGGACAGUGCAUGACCAAACCUGAGGUGAUCUUCAAGUUGGAGCAUGGAUUUGGGCCACGGCCUGUGGUAGACUCCUCUGUCCGCAGCCUUCCAGAGAGGGAUAUUUUUAACAUCAUUUUGGGUAUUCAAAAAGUGACUGCCCCAAUUGAGACCCACCAGGAAAAUCACAAGGGAGAUUUAUGGCAAGUUGAAUUCACCAACAGCCAGACUUCAAAUGAGGAAAUUAUUGAAGCAGACCUGAAGGUGGCCCGGAAACUCCAACCCGGGACAGCAUCCCAUGAAGAUAAAGGAUGUGUGAGGGCAUUGAUCCAGCAGCCUCAGCACAUGAGGGGUCGGAGGAGUCACACACAUAAGAAAAGUGCUCGUCAUAAGUCACCUCUCAGUCACUGUCAGAGGCCUCUUAAUGAGGAGACGCUGUGUACACACAGACAGCACAGGAAGUCACAGGUGACGGGACAGAGAAGUCAUGAAGGGGAGAAGCCAUAUGAAAACUCAGGAUGUGGGAAAGCCUCCCACACCAAGUCUCAGCAUCAGAGCACUCCCAGAGACGAGAAGCCCUACAAAUGUCUGGAAUGUGGGAAAUAUUUCUACUACAAGUCACAAAUCAUUGAGCAUCAAAGAAGUCACACAGGUGAGAAGCCUUAUGAGUGUACGGAAUGUGGAAAAUCUUUCAGCUAUAAAUCACACCUCACUGUCCAUCACAGAAGUCAUACGGGUGAGAAGCGUCAUGAAUGUACAGAAUGUAGAAAAGUGUUUUACUAUAAGUCUCAACUUACUCGACACCAGAGGAGUCAUACAGGGGAGAAGCCGUAUGAAUGUAUGGAAUGUGGGAAAUCUUUCUACUGUAACACACACCUAACUCUGCACCAGAGAAUUCAUGUAAAUGUCAAACCCUAUGCAUGUACAGAAUGUGGGAAAACUUUCUCUUUCAGUGCAUGCCUCACUAGACACCAGAGGAUUCAUACAAAUGAAAAGCCUUAUGAAUGUACACACUGCCCCAAAGCUUUCUACUUUAAGAAACAACUUACUCAUCAUGAGAAAACGCAUACUACAGAGAAGCGCUUUGAAUGUAAACAGUGUGGUAAAGCAUUUUACUGGAGGGCCAAUCUCACUGUGCACCAGAAAACUCAUGGCGGGGAGAAGCCCUUUGAAUGUAAACAAUGUGGUAAAGCCUUUUACUGCAAGUCCCACCUCACUGUGCACCAGAGAACUCAUAUAAGUGAAAAGCUCUAUCAAUGCUCACAGUGCAGGAAGGCAUUCUACUCUCAGGCACAGCUUGUUGUACAUCAGAGAAUUCACACUGAUGAGAAGCCCUAUGAGUGUAAGCAGUGUGGCAAAACAUUCUACAGCAAGUCUGGGCUCACUGCACAUCAGAAAACGCAUACGGGGGAGAAGCCCUACGCAUGUAAAGAGUGUGGGAAGGCGUUCUAUAACAAGUACCUGCUCAUUGAGCAUCACAGAGUCCAUACGGGCGAGAAGCCCUAUCAAUGUACAGAAUGCACGAAAGCAUUCUACUGCAAAAAAUAUCUUUCUCUCCAUCAGAAAACUCACGCAAGUGAGAAGUCAUUUUAUUGUGCAGAGUGUGGGAAAGCUUUCUCCUGGAUGUCACACCUCACUCAGCAUCAGAGAAUUCAUACGGGUGAGAAGCCUUAUGCAUGUGAACACUGUAAGAAGACUUUCUACUUCAAGAAACAGCUCACUCGACAUCAAAGAACACAUGAGAGGUCAUGAGGUGUAAAUAAUGCAGGAGACCAUUUCACUGCAAGUGGAACCUCUCUGUGCAUGACAGAACUCAAGCAAGGGAGAAACCCUGUGGUGAGUGUAGCAGAUACAGACAUUUUUGUCCCUCAUGCAUCCCUUACUCCAAGUCAGAUGAGAAAGCCUAAGAGAGUAAAGAAUGUAUGAACUCCUGCUGAAGUGUAUCAUCAGGAAUGAUUAAUGUAAAACCUGUGGACAUUUUCUAGUGUAAGUCAGGUCACUCAACCAAUGAGCCUAUACUGGAGUCUCUC